GCUAUUUGUGAUUUCGAUAUGAUAUUUACAUUUAUUUGGGCGGGAUGGGAAGGAGUGGCACAUGAUUCUAAGGUGUUAACUGAGACGAUGCGUAAUCCAUUGUCAAACUUUCCCUUUCCAGCACCAGAUGAAUAUUAUUUAUGUGAUGCUGCAUAUACUCAUACUCGAGGAUUUAUGUCCCCCUAUCGAAAUGUGCGUUAUUGGCUCGCUGAUUUUCAACGAGGUGGUCGAGCUCGAACGAACGAAGAAUUAUUUAAUCAAGCACAUGCAAAAUUAAGAAAUGUCAUUGAACGUACAUUUGGUGUAUUGAAAGCUCGAUUUCCAAUAUUGGAUAAGAUGGCGCCAUACAGUUUUCAAACCCAAAGAAAUAUUGUUAUUGCUUGCGCAGCGUUGCAUAAUUUUAUUAGAAAGAGAUACAGGACCGACUCAUUUUUCGAACAAUAUGAAGUUGAUAAUAUGACUCAAAAUAAUCAACAACGAUGGACUACAAUGAUGGAGUCUUCGAGACCGGCAGAUCAAACUUUUAUGAUUAAUUUACGUGAACAAAUUGCAAAUCAAUUGUCUAAUAUGUGAGUGAAUUUGAAAGAAAUAUUAAUAUUUUGU